UAAUUAAAAAAUCAUUGAAGAUUGUGAUGUUUUGCAAAAUUACCAGUUUAUCUAAAUUCAUGGAUUGUAUAUAAAUUCGUUCCACAGUUCAUGGAUCGAACAUUGUUAAUUUUUUGAUCAAAAAACAAUAUAUGUAGUUCGAUUCGAAAAUGUUAAUAAUACAACGCUUGCUCAUAUUAUAUGGGAUAAUACUUUGUGCAGAAGGUGCUCGAACGUGUCCCGACAAAGCGACCAAAGCGCAUUUGACGCGGUGUGACAUGUACUACAGAUGCAAGGUGAUGGAAUCGGAUAACAUCAUUUGGAGUGCAAAAAAUUGUCCAAAUGGUUUAGUUUACGAUGUAAAUUAUGGAUAUUGUGUUUUACCCGGUGAUGAUUGGGAAUGUCAAUUGGAAACGGAAAGUCGAUCAUCAAGUGCUGACGACGACAAUGUGUAUGGUGUGAAUAAUUUGAGUUAUUUGAAAGAGCAAGUGAAAGGAUAUGAUGCUGAUGGUGACAAAACAGAUGAAGAAGACGAAGAAGAAUUAAACGACGAUGAUGAUAACGAAAAUGUAUUGAUAACGAUGACAAACAAUGGAACGAUGUCAUUUGAAUCGAGUGCGUAUUCGAAUUCAAGUGAAAAUGAAAUCGAAUCAAGUGGUGACGGCGAAGAUGAAGAUGAUUUAGAAAAUAAAUCAAGUUACAUUUCCAUUCCAAAUAACUCUGAUGGUUUAGUUUCAUCACAAUUGCAGCGAUUAUCUCAAUUGGUACGAAAGGUGAACAAUAAUCAGCAUUCCGAUCUAACACCUGAUGAUUUAAAUCAAUAUUUGUCCUUACAUAAAUUGGUUCAUCAAAAGUAUCCGAGUAAUACCAAAGCUGAACCGGUGCCACACAAUAAAUUGAUUGAAGAACAUCAUUUGAAGCAAAUUUUAGAUUUACAGAAAAGACUAAACAAUUUGGCAAAUACACGAAAUACAUAUUCAACACCGCCAACACCGGUAAAAUUCACAGUCACCGGAAAUGGUGUUUAUCCAGCCGAUGCUACGACCGUUCACAUCAAGGCAACAAAUGCUUUAAAAAAUCCACGAUUUCCCGAUGGCGGACAUUCAACAUCACAAAUUGUGGUCAAUCGACCCGGAGGUUCCGUUGUUUUUAGAUUACCACAUUCCGACUAUCCAACGACAAAAAAACCAAGUAAAAAGAAACCAGAAAAUCAUAUAAGUGAAAACACACUGAAAACUUUAUUGGAAUUAACAAAAAAUAUGGCAAAUCAAGCACCAAACACACCAAAUUUUGUGCAUUCAUUAGAACCGUCGAAUAGUUAUGCGCAACCAAUUAUUCAACCAGUUCUUUAUAAUUUUCCAUGGGAUAAAUUGCCGAUGUCUUCAUUAUUUGGUGCUUUAACUUCGCAAAAGUUCGAUAAAACCCAAAAUGAUGAUGUGUCAAUGGAGAAAAUUUCAUCGGUGAGAGUAAGUGUGCCGACAACACCAAAUGAAUCAAGUGAACCUGACGAUACUGGUCCAACAACAAUUAUCCACAAUCAUGUUCCUAUAACAAUAGCUCAUCCAAGCCCAUCGAAUUCAAUUGUAAAUCGCUAUCAUGUCACCGCUUCAACAACACCACGUCCAAUCGACGAUCGGUACGAUAGCUAUGGGAAUAAAAAACCAGAUCAUACCGAUUUGAAUAAUUAUUAUCCCUAUCCACCAUUUUCGGAAAAUCAGCAAAAAAAUCCAUCAUUUAUAGAAAAACGUCCAUCAGUUGUAAGUACCAUGCCUACUUAUUAUACAUCUCCAUUUUCGACACAGCAAACAAGUUAUAAUGCAAAUGUAGAGCAACCUCAAUACAUUCAAAUUGCUCAAUCACAACCGGAUCGUUAUAUUCCCGUCUAUCCGACAAAUACCAUUGUUAGCAAUGCGAUGCGCCCAAUUCCAACGUUUGCAUCAAUUGACGGCGGUUAUACACAAAAAUUCUUUUCUGCAUACACACAACAACCACAUAUAGGUGAAAAUAAUGUAAACGAAAUUGUGCACAUCAAUCAAAAACCACCAUAUCCUACAUUAAGACCCGUAAAUUACGUUCCCAUCGCAACAGCAUCGAGUCCAACGCCAAGCUAUGCUGAUCCACCUGAAUCAUUUGGGCAAUAUCAUAAACAUCCAUUAAUCGCCGAUAAAAUCGAUCAUUUUAUUGAUUCGAAUGAACCGAGUGAUGGUGGCAGCAGUAACAACGCAAACAAUGACCAAUACGAAAACAAUGACGACUAUGUGAACACAAAUGUAGAGCAAAAUAGUAAUGAAAACGUGAUGGAUGUGUUAGCAAAUUAUAAUUUCCAUAAAAAAACAAAUUCAAUGGAAAGCAUCGGUAGUAUGGGCGGCGGCGGCAGCAGCAGCAGCAGCAAUGUUGGUGUUGAUUCACAAAUCAUAACGAAUAUUGGUGGUGAAAAAAAGCCAAGCAAUAAAUAUAAGCCCACUCAAAUCCAAGGUAACCACAAGCAAUUUGUCAAUUUAAAUGGGAAUUUCAUGAGUUUAGAAACCUAUCAACAAACAAUUGAACCAUAUUUACAAAAAAAUUCGGCAUUAUCAUCACAAAUUGAGGUAUUAACGUGUGCAACUGGUGUACGACAAGCAAAUAGCACCGAUUGUACACGGUAUUUUGUGUGUAAUGAAAAGACCGGCAAAAUCUUAAGUUAUUCAUGUCCACCAUAUACGGCUUUCAGUGGCGAAACAAAAAUUUGUACAGCCGACACAUAUGCGAAAUGCUAUGUAGGCGAUCUAAAUCAAAUUGAUAGCAAAUUCUCGCCUCAAAUGUCCAUGAUGGAAGCACAUCGCAUUAAAUCGGAAGCAGUCAAAGCACAGCAGCUGGCACAUUUAAUCAAAUUAGAAACGAAUAAAAUUCUUAGUGCUGCACAUCAAGUGCGAUACAAACAACAAACAAAUGGUGGAAAAUCGACGACACAAAUGGUACAACAAACACCAACACGACCAUCGAAAAUUGGCCAACAACCAGUAUAUCGGAAACCACAAAUAAAUCAAACACCAGUUACACCGCCACAAAGACAAAACGUUAAAAAUGGACAAUCGAAGAAAAAACCACAGGGAAAACGCAAAGUUCCAUGCCGAACAGAAGGAAAAUUAGUCGAUAAUUUAUCACAAUAUCAUUACUUUUUAUGCUUUAAAGAUCAACAACAAAAGAUGCGCGCACGACGACUUCAAUGUCCGGCAAAGUUAACAUUCUGUCCGUCCAGUCUGGUAUGCACUUCCAUCGAACGAUGUUCGAAGAUACAAUGAGAAAAAGUGCUCAUUUUUUUGAAAAGUACCGCAUUUCACUAUAAGAAUUAACAAAUGUUCUUUUUUGAGUAAAAUAGAAUGUUUUUUUAUUUCAU